AUGAGAGAGAUUAUAUCAACUCAACCAAAGAUUAAACCAUUAUUGGUUGAUCUUAGAAAGGAUUAUGAUUAUCAAACAUUAAAGAGAUUCUAUGAUGAAUUAAUGUUACCAAAUUUCCCAAAAGAAGAUGAAUUAGAACCAUUAGAUAAUUGGGUUGAAAUGUUUCAAGAAGGAUUAUCAUCAAACUUUGAAGAAGAUUAUGAUUUUGAUACAUAUUAUGAUUAUGAUGGUGGUGGUGCAGCAACUGAAUCAGGUAGUACAACCAACUAUACUAAUAAUAGUAAUAAUAGUCCAAAAACAAAAAGAUAUGAAUCAUCAUCGUCAUCAUCAUCAUCUUCUUCCCCUUCGUCUGGAAAUCAAUCACCUUCAUUCUCUGGUAGAUACUCUACGAUGGAUGAAAAUCACUUUUCAUGUGAUGUAGAUUUUCAUGUAGUAUUGGCACUCUGUCCAAAAGAGUUAAAACAAGAGAAUCAAAGUGAUAUUAUGGGUGGAGUUGUAUUUGAAUUCUAUCCAUCAAUCAAUUGUGGAUGUGUAACUUAUUUAUUGGUCAAUUCAGAGUAUCGUGGCCAAGGUUUGGCCGGUAUGCUCCUCAAAGAGGCAACCGAAAGAUUAAUGGAAAAUGGUAGACAAAGAGGUCAUCUUGGUGGAUGCAAUGCAAUCUUUUUAGAAACAAAUUCCUCCGAAAAAGUUAAUCCUGAAGAUGAUGUUAUGGAUCCUGCAAAGAGACAUUCAAUUUUUCAUAAACUUGGUAUUAGAUUAUUAGAUUUUGAUUAUAUUCAACCACCUUUAUCAAAUGAUAGUAGUAAAUGUAAAGAUUUAUUAUUGACAUGUUUGAUUACACCAAAUACACCAAAACAAACGUUGGGACGUGAAGAAAGAUAUUAUCUACCAUCAUCGUUGCUAAAAAACUUUUUGAUGGUGUUUUGGGACAGCUGUUGUAGCAGACUAGACUAUUUCGAUUGGCGAAACGAUAUAGACUAUCAGAGAAUGAUGGAUCAAAUUAAAAGACGUGAGCGUAUCCCACUGCUCGAUCUUCCAUGGGAGAGACCUUGGACACUACUCGAUAUACGUGAUAGUCACGGUCACGAAGAUUGUCAACAAUUGGCCAUUCGAUUCUACAAUGAAGUGUUGUUACCAAACUAUGCCCAAAAUGAAGAAUUGGAACCUUUGGAAAGUUGGUUAAACAUGUUGGAAAAUAAUGGUGCAAUGGGUCAAACUUUAAGAGGUCAACAACAACAACAACAACAUGGUGGUCACCUUCAUCGAAAUAAUUUUCAUCUUUUAGUAGCACUUAGAUAUCCAGAAGAUGAUAUUAAUCAACAACCAUUGAUAUGUGGUGGAUUGGUAUUUGAGUAUCACGGUGCCGUAAACUGUGGACUUUUGACCUAUGUGUUGGUAGGUGGUGGUCCCAAACAAAGAGCAGAACGUAUGGGACGUGCUCUCAUUCAGAGAGCUGUCGAUAUUUUGGAACAAGAUGCAGUUGAGAAUGGUCACUUGGCUGGUUGCAAUGCCAUCUUUUUAGAGACUGCACAAGACCAACACAAGAGUGACAUCAUUUUUGAAGAAAAUGCCGACAGCAUAGUCGAAAUAUCUCACAAACACCAGUUCCUUGAAAAGAUGGGAUGGCAGCGUGUCGACUUUUCAUACAUUCAACCAUCGCUCACCUACGACAAGAAGCCAGGUCGUAGUCUAUCGUUGGCCAUCCUUUCGACCGAUCGAAUUCGUAAGCCCUACCUUCCAAACUCUCUUUUAUUGUCAUUCUCCCAAAACUUUUGGAAGAGUGAAUCGACACGCACUGGUUAUUGGAUCGACGACGACAAUGACUAUAAAAAGAUGAUUGACAGUUUGCAAAGAAGAAAGAGAAUCCCUCUUGUACCACUCACACUACGUAGUCGUCCAUUUGUCCUUGUGAAUUUGGCAGCCGAUUAUCAUGCCGAUCUCUUGCAAUCAUUGUGGAGUGCACUUCCACAAAACCAUGAUAUCGAAACAUUGGAACAAAUGCAAGGACUGUUGGCACCAUCAAGCUAUUUUGCACCAACCACUCUUAUACAACAAAACAACAGUAAUGGUACAAACACCCAUUUGGUUUUAGCAAUCAAUUAUCAAGACGGUUCAAAACCAACUAUUAUCGGAGCUGUAGUAUUCGAAUACUACCUACGAAGUAAUUGCGGUAUCAUAAGUCACUUGUUUGUUAAAAAAUCUUCUUCGUCCCUAUCACUCAAUGUAAUGCAUCUAAACGAUGACGAUGGAGCAGAUGUAAUUGUCAAUGAUACCUUAACAAGUGAUAGUAGUAAUGGUGGUAUUUCAAUGUAUCGUGGUUGGGAUAUUGGAAAAGAAUUAUUAAAUGAAGCCGUAGAUAUAUUAAACAAAAAUGCUAGAUCUAGAACUCAUAUUUCAGGUCCAAAUGCUAUCUUUUUAGAAACUCCUCUCAAUAAUCAAUUUAAUCAAAAUCAAAAUAAUCAAAAUAUUAAUAAUAAUAAUAAUUCUUCUGUAAAUAAUUUAAAUACAUUAUUUAUUAGAAAUCAAAAUGAAAAUUUAAAUCAUCAAACCAACAAUAGUAGCAGUUUAAUUCAUAAUAACAACAAUAGUUCAACUCUAACCAAUCAAAUUGAUUCAUCAUUAAAUUAUGACCAAAGUAAAUAUAGUCAACUAUCAUAUAAUUUGGCACUUCAACAAAAUGGAUGGUUAAUGGUUGAUAUCGAUUAUUAUCAACCUCCACGUGGAAAAGUUAGUAAAGUAGGACGACCUGCUAUUCUCAGUGUAUUUUACACCUCCCAAUUACCAACACUUCCAAAGGACUCUUCUCCAAUCCACUCUAUCGUAAAAAACACAACCGAAUUGAUACACAACAAUGCAAAUCAAGGAAUCAAAUCAACAUUACCAAAACCAAACUUUACCAUUAGUAGUAUCACAUCUGAUCAAGAUAAUCAUCAAUAUACUAGAUCACCAUUAAUUGUAUCAUCAUUAAAUAAUGGAUUAUUAAAUUUAAAUAAUAAUAAUAACAAUAAUAAUGAACAACAACAGUCAGAGAAACCACAACCACCACAACAACAACCAAAUGAAAUAUUACAAUCACAAUCCUAUGUACCAAAAGAUUUGAUUCGAUCAUUUUUAAGUCAAUAUUGGGGAAAUGUAUACAGAAGAUGUAGAAGUCUCUCUCCAAACGAUAAGCAAUUCCCACUUGUUAUGCCAGAUCCAUCAAAGAGAAGAGCUCUCAUUGUCGGUGAUGAAUAUUAUAACAAAAUGGUCGAACAAAUUAAACGAACCGAUAAAAUCCAUCUUUUAGAAACUAAUCCAAAACUUUAG